AUGUACAACAUCCGGACGGUUUAUGACGCGGUCAACCGAACCUGGCACGGUGCCACAGUGAAGCAUGUGUACAACCCGGAGGCUAGUAUGGGACAAAUCAUGUUCGAAGCGCUCGCCCGCACACCAGAACUUGUGAUACAGCAGGACAUGGAUACGGGGCGCUCGAUGACGUACGCCGAGUUCCAAACGAAACUGAUCCGAUUCGCUCAAAACCUUACAUCGAUCGGUGUUUGCAAAGGAGAUGUGAUUGCGCUUGCCAAUGCAAAUAGUGAGAAUCUUGCACCACUGGCAUGCGCACUGCUAACGAUCGGGGCACCGUUUAACCCACUGGCACCAGGGUUCAACGAGGAUGAUAUGGCUAAUAUGCUGGAGACAACGAAACCGAAACUGGUAUUUUGUGAUGCUGACAAUUAUGACGUUGUUCGGAAGGCUUUACAGCGCGUUGUAGCUGACGGUGAACGGCUACCUCCGAUCUACGUGUUUGAGUGUUCCCGAAGUGAUGUGAAACAUGCCGAAGAUUUACUUAAGGAAACAGGCAAAGAGACAACAUUCCUCCCACCCUAUCUUGGCGAUUCGCACAAAACGUUGGCUGUAAUCCUUUGCUCCUCGGGAACGUCAGGGGCUCACAAAGGCGUACGACUAACUCACAGCGCAUGCCUUCAACUUACGAUACUGUACCGCUUUUCGAUCAUCCCCUCGAUUUACUUCAGCUUUAGUGCCAUCUACUGGACGACUGGGUUUUCUGCCUUGUUGAGCCCGUUUUUCAACGGUGGGAUACGCCUAAUCACGCGCAAACCCUUCAACGAAGAGCAAUUCUUCGAAGCGGUCGAAAAGUAUCGUGUGCAUUCGAUCUUCACACCACCGGCCUAUGCUUACGCUGUGCUGGCCCAUCCACGUACGAAAACGAUUGAUUUUAGCUCCGUUCAGCUUUGGGCCGUUGGUGGUAGCCCUAUUCCGGAGCAGUUACGUGAUCGAAUCGAUGAACUGCUCGCUCGGACUGGAGGCCGUUCGGUGAACGUUUUCGGAUCGUCCGAGAUAGGUGGCGUUGCGUUGGAUGUGAUAAAGCGUAAACCGGGAGCGGUCGGUCAACUGAUGCCGAACGUGACGGUGCGAAUUGUGGACGAGGAUGGGAAGCGGCUGGGCGUUGGGGAAGUGGGUGAGCUGUUGACGAAAGCUGUCGAAGAGUUUGGAGGUUAUUAUGGGAACGAGCAGGCAUCGAGCGAUGCGAUAGAUUCGGACGGGUUCUUCCGUACCGGUGAUAUCGGCUAUAUUGACGAGGAAGGAUUCCUGUAUCUGAUUGACCGUAAGAAGGAUAUCUUCAAGUACCGCAACUUUCACGUGUCUCCAUCGGAUCUGGAAGCGAUCAUUCUGCGCAUUGACGGCGUGCAGGACGUGUGCGUGGUGGGAGUGCCCGAUGCUGAUGGUGGGACAGAUCUACCGGCAGCCGCGAUUGUUCGUCGCCCAGGAGCCAAUCUGGACGCGUCCCAGGUGCGGAAGAUUGUUGAUGAACAGGUGUCCGACUUUAAGCGAUUGCGCGGAGGCGUUUACUUUAUCGAGGAACUCCCGAAAACCGACAGCGGUAAGGUGCUGCGGCGGAAGGCCGCCAAAAUGAUAGUGCACAUGAAUCAGCUUUCCCAGGCUGAGACGGAAGGGAGGGUUUAAAGAGCUUUCAGCUGCCAACGAAAUAUAGCUGUU